AUGGAGGCUUCCCAUUGCCUGCCCUUCAUCCCACUCUGUCUCCUACUAGCCACGUUAGCCCCAGCCAAGGCAGUGCGAGUGCCAUCCCUGCAAGAACAAGCAGGAGCGCUCCUUGCCUGGAAAGCCACGCUCCAAAGCCACCCACCCCAGCUGAGAUCCUGGGGAAGGGGACACCACCACAGUACAUGGCCGUGCAGCUGGCAUGGCAUCACAUGCGGCAAGGACGGAGCGACGCACCAUGAGGUGAUCGCCGAGAUCUCUCUGCCGGGGCUGCGGCUGAGGGGGGAGCUCGGCGCCCUCAACUUCACGGCGCUGGCGACCCUGACGAGCAUCCAGCUCUCGCACAACAGGCUCACCGGGAGGAUCCCGCCGAGCAUCGCGUCACUCGGAGAGCUCCGGUUCCUGCUUCUUCGGCGCAAUCAGAUAAGGGGCCCUUUACCACCUGCUCUUGCAUCCUUGAGAAACCUACGCUGCUUAAUGCUCCAGGAGAAUCAACUCUCUGGUGAAAUGCCAAGGCAAAUAGGGCAACUAGAGGGACUUGUGGUGUUGAACCUGUCUGCCAAUCACUUGUCCGGUCCCAUCCCCAGUGAACUAGGCUACCUAAAGAAACUGCUCAGGGUAGAUAUCGCCGACAACAACCUCACAGGCCCCAUUCCAAGUAAUUUAGGGAAUCUCACUAAACUCACUGUCUUGUACCUUUAUGGUAACCAAUUAUCUGGAUAUCCUCCUCGAGAGCUAGGGUACCUUGUGAAUCUAAAGGAGUUGGAUCUCUCCCACAACAAGCUCAUGGGUUAUAUCCCCAAUAUCUUUGGAAAUUUGACAAAGCUCGCUACCUUACACCUCGAUGAUAAUCAGUUCUCUGGACAUGUUCCUCUAGAAAUUGGCACCUUAUGGAAUCUCAAAAUUCUGGAACUCGACAAUAAUAAUCUCUCUGGUCCCCUACCACCUGGGUUGUGCUCUGGAGGCAAGCUCAUGUAUUUAACUGCAUCUAAUAACAGUCUGGAUGGACCACUUCCAUCAAGUUUUCUACACUGCAGAAGCCUAUUUAGAGUUCGUCUAGAAAGGAAUCAAAUAGAAGGAGAUAUUUCUGAGUUGGGAGGUCAUCCAAGUCUUGACUAUAUGGAUAUGAGCUCGAAUAAACUCUUUGGAAAAUUAUCUUCUCUUUGGGGGGGAAGUCAGAAUAUUACCAUGCUACGCCUCUCAGACAACAACCUGACAGGGGAAAUACCCAUAAAUAUGGGGCAGCUAACUCAGCUAGGGAUACUUGAUCUCUCAUCAAACAAGCUUGAAGGAGAUAUUCCAAUUGAACUGGGCAAUCUAAAAAACUUGUUCCAGUUGAACCUCGCGGACAAUUUGCUCCAUGGAAGCAUACCACAAGAAAUCGGAGCACUAUCUAGUCUACAGUUAUUCGAUUUGUCAUCAAAUAACCUAAGUGGUUUGGUACAUGGGUCAAUUGGGAAUUGUUUAGAGCUUCGCUCAUUGAACCUGAGCGGAAAUAACUUUACAGGAAACAUCCCUACCGCAUUAGGGGUGUUGCACAACUUACAAUACAUGUUGGAUUUGAGUGAUAAUUCAUUUACUGGGGCAAUACCAAGCCAACUUAGCGGCCUGAUCAUGCUAGAUACUUUGAAUCUUUCACACAAUGAACUUAAUGGAUCCAUCCCUCAAUCAUUUAAGAGUAUGGAAAGCUUGAUAUCCGUUGAUGUAUCUUACAAUGAAUUGGAAGGAGUAGUCCCUGAGAGUAAGCUUUUUCAAGGAGCCCCGUUGACGUGGUUCAUGCAUAAUAAGAUGCUAUGUGGUGUAGUGACCGGACUCCCCCACUGUAGUAGUACAACUGUAAACCAAGGGAAAAGAAAAGGAUACAAAACACUUGUACUAGCAGUGGUUCCUGUGCUGAUGUCUCUUGUUCUUGUUGUAUUUGUAUUGAUGUUUCAACAUGAAAGGAACAAAUCCAAGGCAAUUGACACGGACAAAGUAACACAAAAAAAUGUGUUCUCUAUUUGGAGUUUUGAUGGGGCAAACGUGUUCAAACAAAUUGUUGAAGCAACCAAUGAUUUUAGUGAGAUUCAUUGCAUAGGAACUGGGGGAUAUGGAUCUGUCUACAAGGCUAGGCUUCCAACAUCGGAAAUAUUUGCGGUGAAGAAGAUGUGUGUUAUUGAAGAUGAGAAUUGCAUGAAGGGGUCACUCUUCCAUCGUGAAAUUGAGGCAUUGGUACAGAUUCGGCAUCGGAACAUCGUAAAACUAUUCGGGUAUUGUUCCUCUAGCCAAGGAAAGUUCCUUAUAUAUGAAUAUAUGGAGAGAGGAGACUUGGCAGAAGCACUGACGGUCGAUCGAAGGGCAGUUGAGUUGGACUGGAGAAGGCGGAUACAUAUUGUGCUAGAUGUGGUUCACGCUUUGGCCUACAUGCACCAUGAUUGUUGGUCACCAAUAGUGCACAGAGAUAUAAAAAGUAAAAACAUUUUGCUUGAUCAGGAAUUUAGAGCUUGCAUCUCUGAUUUCGGUACGGCUAAAAUUCUAAAUAUUGAUGGCAAUAAUAUCACAAGGCUUGCAGGGACAAAGGGUUAUCUAGCCCCGGAGCUUGCAUAUACAGAAAAUGUGACAGCGAAAUGUGACGUAUACAGCUUUGGGGUGCUUGUCAUGGAGCUCUUUAUGGGGUCUCAUCCAGGCGAAUUGCUCUCAUCCCUCUCUGAGACCAGCAAGAAUAAUACUGUGAGCCUGCAACAUCUGCUGGACUCAAGGCUCGAGCUCCCUGAUGCUGAAACCGCAGGAGAAAUAUACCACAUGCUCCGUGUUGCAGUUCAGUGCCUGGAGCCUAGUCCAUCACGGAGACCAACAACACGACGUGCUAGUGAUGAGCUAUCUGCUAGCAAAGCAUUUGAAGGUCAUGUUCAUUAUCUGCAUGCUGGCCUCACCAUUCCCACUCACUAGUUCUCGCGGCCGUGGAUGAUGAAUUCGUGCCAUAUAGUUUCU